AUGGAGGAGACCUCAGAGAAAAUUCCUAUCGCUUUAGCCGGACCUGAGGAUUUACAACAAUUCAUGCCGCCUGCAUAUGCUGCCGUCGCCGUGAAGCCCUCAAGCUCUGUGCGUGCUCUCAAGAUUGCCGUGGGUGCACUGAGCAUUGGGGCCGCGGUCCUGCUGCUCGGAGCCGUGGGUACCUUUUACUUUUGGAAUGGCAACGACAAGCACGUCUACAAUGUCCACUACAGCAUGAGCAUUGACGGUAAGGUGGAGGAGGGCUCCAUGGAGAUCGACACAGUGAACAACUUGGAGAGGUUCACAACAGGAAACAAAAAUGACGAAGCAGUUGAAGUCCAUGAUUUUCAGAUUGGGAUUACUGGUAUCCGCUUUGCUGGAGGAGAGAAAUGCUACAUCAAGACUGAAGCCAAAGGUCACCUUCCAGACCUGGAAUCACUGAACAAGGAGCCCCUGAAAUUUGACUUGGAAGAUGAGGUUAUGCCUGCCAAGUUUGAAGAAGACUCUCUAAUCUGGGUUGCAGCUGAUCAGCCUCUGAAAGACAGCAGCUUCCUCAGUGCCAAAAUUUUGGACCUCUGCAAAGAUGUGCCCAUCUUCUGGCUGCAUCCUACUUACCCCAACAGAGAGCAAAAGAAACCGGUUCCAAGGGCCAGACGACAGGCUCCUGAAGACAAUGAUGACAGCGUUCCAUUCAACCCUAACAACCCUUACCAUCGUCGUGAGGAGGGUGAGGAGAGCCCAAUGACGGUUGACACCAUGCUGGACCACACGGGUGUGUGCUGCUCCGAAUGUCGCCGUAGCUAUACACACUGCAUGCGUGUCUGCGAGCCUCUGCGUGGCUUCGAACCAUGGCCAUACCACUACAGCGGCUGCAGGCAAGUGUGCCGUCUGAUCAUGCCAUGCAGCUGGUGGGUGGCUCGCAUCAUGGGCCUUGUCUAA